AUGGCAGUGCCCGGAACGCAGAGCUCUCUGCUCCUCUGGCCGGUGGCCCCCUCCUUCAUCCCUCUGGGCCGUCCUGCGCCAAAUCCCUCGAGGGCCGCCACCAUUCCCGCCAUUCCUACCUCAGUCUCGGGGAGCCCGGCAGGCGGCCAGGGCCGGUCCGAAUCGCGCACCCACCCGCCCGGCCUCGGGCCCCUCCUGCGGUGCUUGGUCCGGCUCCCGCCACCACCGUCCGCAGCACGCGCCGGCGGGCAGACUCCCCUUUCUGGCCGCGCCCGGCGCUGGGGCUGCCGCGGUCCGCGCGCCCCCGGAAUGCCGGUUCCGCGGCGGCUCCACCUGUGGGGCCCCGUCCCCGGCUCCCACCCGCCGGGCUGCGCCUCUGCGCCCCCAGCCCAGCCCCGCCGGGCGCGCCCGGAAGGUCGCCGAGUACCCCGGGGCCAGCCGUGCGCCCAGACGCACCGACCGACGGUGCCCGCCCGUUACCUGCGGGUCCGGGCGCCGGCUCCGCGCCCCGCCGCUGGGCCGCCGCUCCCGCGCCCCUUCCCCUCCCGCAAGCCCCGCGCGCCUUCCAGCCGGGCCCGGGGCGGCCAGAGCGUCCGCACGCGGCCCCCGACCGGCUUAGGACGUGCGCCCGCGCCCGGGCCCGCCCUGGCAGCCCCGCCGCCCGCAGGGCUCGGACCCCGGCCCGUGAACUCCUCCCGGGAGGCGGGAAGACGAUCUCAGCGGCGGGGCGCCCCGAAGGGAGGGGACCGAGCCGCCCCUCCCGCCCGGCCCGCAGCCUCCGACGGCCCCCCGGCGCCCGGCCGCCCGCCCGGGACCCUCGGGACCCGCGAGCGGGACCCCGGCUGA